AAGAUAUCCCCAGGCCAAAAGUAUAAGAACCACCCCAUCCCGACCCCAUCAUCCAUCCCAUCAUCACAUUCAUUUCAUCUUCAACCCAACCUUCCAUUCUUUACCUCUUUCCUUCAUCUCAACAAUGCACUCCUUUUCUUCCCUCCUCGCCUACGGCCUGGCUGCCGGGGCCACCCUAACCGCCGCCUCCCCCAUUGAAGCCCGCGGCACCUGCACCUUCACCUCCGCCGCGGCCGCCAAGUCCGGCAAGACCGGCUGCUCGACCAUCGUCCUCGACAACAUCGAAGUCCCCGCCGGAACCACCCUGGACCUGACGGGCCUGAACAGCGGCACCAAGGUCAUCUUCGAAGGCACCACCACCUUCGGCUACGAGGAAUGGGCCGGUCCCCUGAUCUCCAUGAGUGGAAACGACAUCACCGUCACCGGUGCCUCGGGCCACCUGAUCAACUGCGACGGUGCUCGCUGGUGGGACGGAAAGGGCGAGAACGGCAAGAAGAAGCCCAAGUUCUUCUACGCCCACAAGCUCGAUGACUCCUCUAUCACUGGUCUCAACGUCAAGAACACCCCUCUUAUGGCUUUCAGUGUCGAGGCCAACGGUAUCACCUUCACUGAUAUCACUAUCAACAACGCCGACGGCGAUACCCAGGGUGGUCACAACACCGACGGGUUUGAUGUCGGUAACUCCGUCGGCGUCAACAUCAUCAACCCCACCGUCCACAACCAGGACGAUUGUCUGGCUAUUAACUCCGGUGAGAACAUCUGGUUCACCGGGGGUACUUGUAUCGGUGGACACGGGCUGUCGAUUGGUUCCGUUGGUGGUCGUUCCGAUAACAUCGUCAAGAACGUCACUAUUGAGCACUCCACCGUUAGCGACUCCGAGAAUGGUGUCCGGAUUAAGACCAUCGCCGGUGACACUGGAUCCGUGUCCGAGGUUACUUUCUCGAACAUUCAGCUGUCGACUAUCUCCGAUUACGGUGUUGUUAUUCAGCAGGAUUACGAGGACGGAAAGCCCACUGGAAAGCCUACCAACGGUAUCAAGAUCACCGAUAUCAAGCUCGAGGGUGUCACCGGUAGUGUGGAUAGCAAGGCCACGGAGAUUUACCUUCUUUGUGGCUCCGGUAGCUGCACGGACUGGACUUGGGAUGAUGUUAAGAUCACUGGUGGUAAGAAGUCUUCUGCUUGCAAGAACUAUCCUUCCGUGGCUUCUUGCUAGAUUACUUCUAUCCCAGUGCUGCGCUUGUCGCGGUCUUAACUGAUUGACUUGUUGGACCUUUGGUCUAGUUGUAUUAUAUUCAUCCUUGGUCUUAGUUGGUUUUAGUCUUAGUCUUAGCUUUAAUCGUAUACAGUUG